AUGUCUGCAGAUCUGUUCGCAGAGUUCGGUCAGGGCUCUGCCCCUGCACAAGGAUCCACAGGCCGACAGCAGACAGGGCAAGCAUCUUCAUUGAUCCCGGAAUUAGAACAGUCCGGCGAUGAUUUCUUCGGAGCGGGUGGCUUGCAACAGAUCAGACCGCAACCUCCAAGCCUAGGAGUUGUUUCUAGUCGGUCUGCAGCACCAGCUCCUCGGCAGCCUCCUGGGUUUCAGAUAUUUGAUAUUCCCCGGCAACGAGACAGCGAUGUGCUGUUUGAUGCCACUCUCGACGCGCCCGCCAGCGAGGAUGAUGACGACUGGGGUGAAUUCGAGGGUCCCGAGUCAACUCCCCAGCAAGGUCCCUCGAGCCAUGCACCAGUAAAAACUGUACUUCCCAAUCCACAGCCUCGUCAAGAUACGGGGAGUAUCUCUGGGACCAUCGACCUGUUGGAUUCGCUCACAAUAUCGAAUCAAACUACGAAACCACCGGUGACGCAAGUCUCCGGGAAGAAACCUCAACCUCAACCCAGCAAGAACGUCUGCAACCAAACGUGGGACGAUGACUCGUUUGAUGACUGGGGCGAUUUCACCGACGGUCCCCCAGUCAAGAAAUCUCCAUCAAGACCUACAGAGAAGAAAAAGCCCCAACCACAUCUCAAAGUCAAGCCCAGCAACCCUCCCCCAACAACCUGGGAGGACGAUUCCUUCGACGACUGGGCAGACUUCACCGACGGGCCAAGCACCAAACCCACACCAAUCAAAACCAAAAAGCCCAGCGCAUCCCAUCCAGCCCCAGGACCAGCCGCGAACAGCUUUCUCUCUGGCACCGCAGCACCAGCCACCGCCGUCCGACCAACGAACAUCCCGCCCCCAUCAGUACUGAUGGAGCUCCUCCAAGACGUACUAGAGCAACAACAAAAAGAAGCCACACAGGCCAGAUCACAGCAGCGAUCCUCCAACACCACAGCCACGCCACCACCAACAACAACAAUAGCAGCCACGGCCUCGGCCAUCCACGUCACACUCCAAACAACAGCACGCAUCAUCGCCGGCCGCAGCCUCCGCUGGAAGCGCGACACAAUCCUCAGCCAGAGCAUGCGGAUCGGGCCCGCGCACUCCGGGAAAGCAGGCGGCAUGAAACUCAACACUGUUAACAAGAACGAAAACGUCAAGGAGGAGCAGGAGGCCGUCGACGUUCUGGGGCUCUGGCGCGAACGCGCCGUGCUCUUCAACGCCGUCGUCCAAGCUGCGGGACUGCGGCCCGUGCCCGCGGUGGCGCAGCCCAGUGCGCUGAAGGUCGUGACGGAGCGGCCGGAGCAGGGCGCGCUGAAGGCGGCGCAUGCGUGUGCGCUGUGUGCGCUCAAGAGAGAUGAGCGCGUGUUGCGCGUUGACGAGGAGACUGUGCAGGAUAGUUUCGGCGAGUACUGGACGGACCAUUGGGGGCAUACGGCAUGUCGCCAGUUCUGGGAGACGAAUCGGCAUUUAUUGGGGCAGCGAUGA